AUGCGUGUGCUCUAUUGGAAUAUCAAUGGGGUGGCAAAGGUGGAGGCUGGGCAGAAGUUACGUGAACUAGUUCAUGACCUGAAGCCGGAGAUUCUUUGUGUUGCUGAGCCAAAGAUUAAGUUCUCUGAUAAGGUAAUUUGUAAGUUAAAUUUAACUGGUUUUAUGAGGAAGGCUGUUCAUAAUUCUUUUAUGCAUAAUAUUGGGAAUCUUUGGAUCCUGUGGAGUGCUAAUAUUGAAGAUCCAGUGGUGGUUAAUAUGACUAGACAAGCAAUUACUAUUAGAACUGAGGGGGUUUUAAUCUCUUUUGUUCAUGCUAGUUAUAUUCAAGUUUUUCGAAGAAGAUUAUGGUCUCAACUUUCAGCUGUGGAUACUACAACUCCUUGGCUGAUAAUGGGAGAUUUCAACUGUGUUCUUCGUCAAGAUGUAAAAAAGGGAGGCCGUGAGUUUACUUGGACUAAUGGUCAAUCUGGUGUUAGUAGAAUUCUUAGUAAAUUGGAUCGUUCUAUUAUCAAUGAGCCUUGGUUAUCUAAGUUUUUGAAUUGGCGGUGUAAAGCUCUUCCUAGGGAAGUUUUGAUCAUUCAACGCUUAUUGGGUUUCCAUUCCUUGCUCCGAGGCCUAGGCGUGCUCCUUUUCGUAUCCAAAAAAAUGUGGUUUUCUCAUCCUGAUUUUUUGAGAAUGGUGGAAGAUUCUUGGAAGACUCCGGUUUAUGGUAAUUUGGAUUUUAUUUUUCCUUAUAAAUUGAAAAGAUUGAAGGAGGCAAUCAAAUUGUGGAAUCAAACGGUCUUUGGGAAUGUUAAUGCUAGGCUGAAACAAGCUCAACUUAAGUUUGAAGUGGCUUGUAGGAAUUCUGAUGAGGAUCCUUUUAAUACUUCUAAGUUGAAUAUUAUGAAGGAUUCUCUGGUGGCGGUUCAAGAUGUUCGUAUGCAGCAUCUUACUAUGUUCAAUAUAAACAUUCGAAGGAGCGCAAAUACAAUCUCGGAGUUGGUUACUGAAGAUGGUGUGACUAUCUCAGAGCCUAUUCAGCUUCGUGACCAUGUGGUUUCUUAUUAUGAGUCGAAGUUCAAUGGUGUGGAGCUUCCUAUUGAGGAUAAUCUCUUUGACUAUGAGCAUGAGUCUAUUUCUUUGAUUGAAAGGAAGAUGUUGGAUGCCAUUCCUUCUUUGGAUGAAAUUAAAUCAGCAGUUUUUGAUUUAGGAGCGAAUAGUGCUCCGGGUCCGGAUGGUUUCUCAGGGUGUUUUUAUAGACAUUGUUGGGAUAUAAUUCAGCAGGAUCUUCAUUCGGCUAUUGUUCAUGCUUGGACUUCUAAGUCCAUUCCGAAGGGUUCGAAUUCUAGCCUAAUUAUUUUGAUUGCUAAGGUUAGAGGUGCGGAUAGCUUGAGGAAAUAUAGACCUAUUGGUCUAAGCAAUUUCUUCUUCAAGAUUUUCACUAAAAUUCUGGCUACUAGACUUGGUCGGGUGUUGAAUAAGUUAGUGUCAGAGGAGCAGGUGGCUUUUAUGAAAGGUAGGAAUAUUCAUGAGAAUAUUAGUUUGGAUUCUGAGAUGGUGAAUGAGCUGCACAUUAAAAGGAAGGAUGUGAAUUUGGGUCUGAAGCUUGAUAUUUCUCAAGCUUUUGAUACUGUUAAUUGGUCCUUCAUUAUGGAGGGAAAUAUGAAUAGCUUGAGAAGUUUGGUGAAGUUGCUAGAUUCUUAUCAGCAAGCUUCAGGUCAGCGUGUUUGUAGAGAGAAGAGCAAAAUUUACUUUGGUGGUGGCUCUUUGAGUAGACGUCAUACCAUUGCUGCUUUUCUAGGGAUGGAAGUUACGCAUUUUCCUGAUCGUUAUUUGGGGGUGAAAGUUAUGCCUGGUGCGGUGAGAUAUCAUCAUAUUAGCAAUGUGGUGGAUCAGCUUAAAGAGAAACUUUCGUGGCCGGUGAAAUUCAUUCAGCAAAGUGAGCGUGUGAUCCGUAAUUUCCUUUGGUCGGGUGAUUCAAAUCUUUCAAGAGCUUUUGUGGUUGGUUUUGAUAAAGUGUGCAGUCCUGUGGAGGAGGGUGGUCUUGGAAUCACUAGUUUAAAAACUAUGAACAAGGAUUUGCUUAUGAAGCUUUGGUGGUCUAUUAAAUCUUUUUCUAAGAAGUGGGCUCGUUUUUUGGAGUCUAAAUUCACUUGCAGGGAUGGGCGUCUCAAGAUGGCUGUUGGGUUUGUGAUAUUAUUUCACAUGGUAAUUGGCUGUUGCAAGGAGUUCACUUGCAAGAUCUUGUAA